AUGACGGUCCGCACUGCCAGCGCCCUUGUAGCAGUGGAGACAGCCAUUGCCUUGGCCAUCACCUCUAGUCUGACCAACGAAGACAGAGAAAUCGCCGGAGCCCUCUCCCAGGCUGGAUUCCAGAAAGGCGCUGCUGGACACAACCAGGGGUCCGCGGGUUUCGCCGGUGGUGCUUCCAACAGGAACGUGAACGCAUACAAUCACAACAAGGGCUACAGCCACAGCUCGGGCUUUUCGGCCUCGGACAGCAACAAAUUUGGUUCCGGACACAACCAGGGCUCGGCCGGAUUCCAGGGUGGCGCUGCCGGACACCAGGGCGGCUAUGGACAAUCUUCUCACGGACACCAGGCCGGUAGCGGCUACGGUGGUGGAUACCUCGGCUAA